GAGCCAUAGAUGCGUUAAUGAGAAGCAAUUGAUAUAAGGUGGUAGUACAUGCAAUAUCGGGGUCUGCAGCUGGAAUUUAUAGUGAAGCAAGCAGCCACAAUAUCUUAAUUUGAUUCAAGCUACUUGAACAUGACAGGUUAUUGUCAGAGGGGGGGGGCCUCAAGGUUGAAACUAUAAGCUAAGUACUUUGAAUGAGAAUCAUCUAACAAAUGGUUUGUCUGCGUCUACAUGGAAAUCAGAAUGAUGAGAGUUUGGUAGUUUUCCACUAAACCAACCCCAGGGUCCUAUUUGAAAAUUUGUACAACAUUGGCGGUCCUAAAUAAUAAAUAAAUUGCUGACACUCGAAAAGGAGGUGGAGAACGGACAAUUGAGGCCCAGUUUCGGUAUCUGGAUCUGGAUUCUUCGAUUUUGCUGAAGAAAUUUCUUUCACAAUGACGGCUGGUGAAAACUCUGUUCAGAGCAAGAAGUCUGUUCCUGAUCUUGCUCCUUUAGAAGCAGUAUUAUUUGAUGUUGAUGGAACUUUAUGUGAUUCUGAUCCUCUUCACUAUCAGGUCUUUCGUGAAAUGCUCCCACAGAUUGGUUUCAAUAAUGGAGUUCCAAUCGAUGAAGAAUACUUUAUCAAAAAUAUUGCUGGGAAGCACAAUCCUGCUAUUGCUGUUCUUCUCUACCCUGAUGAUAUACCAAGGGGCAUAAAGUUCAUGGAAGAUAAGGAAGCCAUGUUUCGUAGGUUGGCCUCAGAAAACUUACCACCAAUAAAGGGUCUAUACAAAUUAACGAAAUGGAUCGAAGAUCGUGGGUUAAAACGAGCAGCUGUUACUAAUGCUCCAAAACCGAAUGCUGAACUCAUGAUCUCAAAACUCGGCCUCAAAUAUUUUUUCGAUGUUGUUAUUUUAGGAAGUGAUUGCGAGCGUGCCAAACCGUAUCCAGACCCUUACUUGAAGGCACUUGAAGUGCUGAAGGUGUCAAAGGAUCACACAUUUGUUUGUGAGGACUCUGUAUCAGGGAUAAAAGCAGGAGUUGCUGCAGGGUUGCCUGUUGUGGGGCUAACUACCAGAAACCCUGAAAGUGUACUUAUGGAAGCUAAUCCAACUAUUCUCAUAAAAGAUUAUGAAGACCAAAAGUUAUGGGAGGCCUUAGAGGAGCUUGAUAAGAGAAUAGGCUCUUCUAAAACAUCAGCUUGAACUCUAAAGCUAUGUAGGAGAUGAUCUGACAGUUUGUGUAUUCAUGCCAUAUUUUUUGUGUCGUAUCCAAAUGUACCCACAAGAUAAUCAACAGUCAAUGACGAGAUUAAUUAUUUCCAUUGAGAUCAUUGGAUUAAUCCAAAGCAAACAAUGUAGGUAGUAAUGGAAGCACGAUUAUUUAGAUCGUUGGCCCAGUCACCGUGUGCAUAAGUUCAAAGAUUGAUCUCUUUGUUCUUAUUAAUAUGCAAAUCAUAUCGAGUUGCGUUCUUGGGACAAAGUAAAGUUUAGCUGUUGCUUAUUGUUCUUAGAACUUGAAUAAUGUUGGGUAAAAUUCAACCAGUCAAACACUAUUUUUAACUCUCUAGAUUAAACAUAUUUUUUUAUUUAUUUUUCAAUUAACUACAAUUUUCUAGAUGGAUAAAUUUGAGUAUUGCAUCAAAGGACUUGAAACUCAUAAAAGACAGUCUCUGGAUGGGUAACUUGUUAACACUUACGUCUUUGUAGUAUAUUUAAAUUAGUUUUGAAUUAUAACAGAAUAAUUAAAAGAUUCUAAAGUUAUAUUUGCAGUAAUGACACUAUAUGUAUUUAUGUAAAUAAAUUUAUUUAUAUGAUACACUAGCUGAGCGUAAAAUUAUAAUUCAUUUUGGUGGUAUUAUGGAAUCACUUACGCUGGGUUUAAUUCUCGCGCUUCACGGUGGUCGUAGGUAGGCAGGCAGUAAGCAGAAAGAAUUAUUUUGAGUCGCGCGAUUCCCCAUCAAAAGGUCCUCAGGCUUUAAGCUCUUCUCUCACCCAAGAAUAAAUAAAUAUAUUUGCUACAGUUUUAGAUGUUAUGUGUAGCAGUGGUCGCGCGCUACCUUUUUUUAUAUUUUUUCUUUCCACCGAUCAUCUAUAUAAACAAGUGUGGGAAUAUUAUAUAUUCUGCACUAGUCCCAAGUUUUUUUCUCCAAAUUCAUCUUGGCCUUGCUUAUUUUGCAUUACUAGAUAUGGUGAGAUCUGGCUGUGCUGCGGCAGAUAAUAGAAGAAUGACGGAAGAAAAUCCAAAUCAUAAAGAAAAGAAAGCAAAGUUGGAAGCAGAACAGAGAAGAAGAAUGAGAGAAGAAUAUGAAAAGCUUACACUGACAGAACAGCCCAAAAAACAGAUGAAGGCGGCCGAAUCGAACACAAAGAAUACAAUAAUACUGGAAGAAGGAGACGCAAAUAUAUCUUCUGCUUCAAAACAUGGAAAGGUUGAUGAUGAGUGCGUAGAAAGUUUUAUGGAGCAACUUAAAGCCAAAGUGAAGAGUGAAGUAGAUUAUUCAGACUUCCAAAUCUUAGAAGAGGAUUUAGGGAAGGAUUUGACAACGGUUGGGAGAUUUAGUGUUCCGCUACGCCUGGAACAUAUUGCAAAGAGAAUCAAAGAUGGGUUUGGUGAUAUUACUUCACACAGUUCACAAAGUGACUGUGCAGCUAUGCCUACCUAUCGUCUCUUCUGUGCUGCAAUCAAAGAGAUGGAUGAUCUCAAACUAGACCAGGUCAACAAGACUAAAUUAUUGUUGUGGCGAGAUGCAAUUAACAAUGCCCUCAACCUUCAAUUCAAUGUGGAUUUCGCCAUUAAGCACCUCUUUAAAAUUGCGCGUGCAUAUUUUGGUUUCAAAGUAAUGGAAGGGAAAAGCGGUGAAGAGAUGCUCAAGCUCAAGAAUGUAGAUGGGAAUCUGGAGGUCCCCGAAGAUUGUCUACGUGAAGCUGAAUAUUUUAGCGGCAAGCCUCUUAGCACCGGUCUGCUCCGUUAGUAAUUUUCUACCUAAAGCCAUUACCUAUGCCACUUUACCUAAAGCCUUUUUCUUUUGUCAUAUUUUAAGUCUUUCUAUGUUUAAUAAACUAUCAUUUAUUCAAUGUGUAGAUCAUAUAUAGCUGGGAACUUUGAAAA